AUGGGAAAAGAGAAAUUCCACAAAUCUCAACAUUGGGGCUUUUGCAACAAUGUUAGGAUGCUGGUGAGUGAAGAUAAACCAGGAAUAGGUGGAGAACUGCUUCUCGGACAAAAGAUAAAGCCAAAACAUAGUGUAUUUCCUGAAGGAAUGGGAACUGAUUCACCAUCCUGGGUGGCUUUUGAUAAACAGGUAUUAUUUUUUGCUGCCUAUUUAGAAGAUGAAGUGCCUGAUAAAAUUCAAGAAAACUAUAGAAUAAGAUGCUAUAAAAUCUACUUCUACCUUGUAGAUGACACAAUUCAAGUAAAUGAACCAGCAUUGAAAAAUAACGGACGGCCUCGAUGAAUUUUUGUCCGGCGUCAUCGGAUUUCUCUCCCGCCUCCUGAUGAGGAUCAGUUUUACACUGUGCAUCAUUUUAAUGUCAACAUAGACAUUGUCUUUUAUGGUCGGACGUUCAAGAUUUAUGACUGUGGUACAUUCGCAAAACACUUUUUGAAGAAAAUAGGAGUCAAAUUAACCACCCCCCCCCCACCCGGGCAGUGUCCAGAAGAUCCUUACCUGAAGACACGGAGAGAGAAGCUAGACUGCAUGGAGCCCUUACGUCCCUAUGAGUCCUUCGACACUCUGAAACAGUUCCUUGAGUAUGAUAGGAAGGUUUUGCGUUUCUUCAGCCUGUGGGACGACUCAGGCUCAGUGUUUGGGUACCAUAGAGAACUCAUCCUGCAUUACUUUCUGUCUGAUGAUACCAUCGAAAUCAAAGGAGUAUUGCCACAUAACUCAGGAAGAGAUGCUACGUCAUUGUUCCUCCAGAGGAGAAAGCUACCUAAGUAUGGCCCCCCUGGAGUCUAUCAACCAGGCCAGAUAACAGACUGGACAGUUCUCAGUGUAGAUGGUGGCUUGUCAGAGAACCGAGUGUAUGGCUGCCUGUUGGAUAAAUACAAGCUAGGCAAAGUAGACCAACAGUUUUACAAAGAUAGUGACCUGUCCGUAGGAACCACCAUCAAUGUGUGGGGAAGGAAAGUGCUCCUUUGUGACUGUGAUGAAUUCAUGAAGACUUAUUGUAAGACUAAAUAUGGAAUUGAGAACUUUACCUCGAUUUCAUGCAAGGCCCCACCUCCUCCAAAUAUAGAAAGGAAAUUUCCAUGUUACACCGGCUUUGGUUCUGAAGAGGAUUCUCUCUGCUCCUGCAUAGGCCUUGUGCCCACACCUCAUCAGAGGAACUUCAAGAAGUUCAUGGAAAAUGACAGCUACAGCAACAUAAGCAAUACACUCCGGUUUUUUGCAAAACUAAUCACACACAAAUGUGCUGAUGUGGAAAGGACGUUUGUUAUUUCAUAUUUUCUCAGUGAUGACACAAUUUCAGUGUCUGAACCCAUGGAGAGGAAUUCAGGGUAUACUGGUGAGAUGCUCUUAAAAAGAAUUCGUGUUAAGAAGCCUGGAGCAGAAGUAUUUAAAAGUAAACUCUCGGAAUAUAUCAAGGCUGAGGAGCUGUAUGUUGGAGCCAAAGUGAACGUGAAUGGCUACCUAUUUCUUUUGGUCAGUGCUGAUGUGUAUACCUUAAACUACAUGGAGAGGAAUUCAGAUAAGUUUCCUAUGAGCAACAUUGAACUUGCCCUACAAAAGAUAAAACAAGAAGAAUCAAAAUCCAGAGAGCUCAAGCAAGUGUUUACAGCUGCUGAUUGCAUGCACACGAAGAUGGUAGAUUAUAAUACAUUCAGGGAACCCUUGACAUCAUUGUCUGUCGGGAAACUCACAGACUAAGAAGUUAUAACCAUUGCACGUCACUACCGGGUGCCUGAGAACCCCCGUCCAGAUACGAAUGUCCUAAUUGCACAGGCCCAUGAACAGCUCAAGAAAAAUACUUUUGAGAAUUUUGAAAGACUCAUUGCUACCUGUGUAUACCAAGAUCGGGAAAAGGAAAAAUUAUUACCCAGCAAAGACAUCCAAAGGCUGUGCAGGUCCUCCUGAUUACCUUUGAAUGAUGAUCUUCUGGGAUCCUUACUCUCCAGGUUUGAAGACAGUGAAAAACAAAUAAAUUACGAGUCAUUUUUCUGUGCCCUGAACUGGAGAGUGAAUCCGAUGCCCGAAUUGGAAGCACUAUGGUACAUUAAAGAGAGAUGUGAAGAUGAGUGGCUUGGGAUGCCAUCACCUAUUCUUGUGAAAUACAUUUACUAUUUAAACCUUUUAAAGGAUGUGUUUGGCUUAGAGGAGGAGUAA